AUGAAUGGAGUGAAAACACCUGGACAAAAUGACAACUGGGAACAGAUGUUGCCAUUCACCCUCUUCCACAUCUGCCUGCUGAUCUCGCUGCUGCUGCUCCUCUCGCCUCUCGCCUGGAGCUACGAUGGCCUCACCCCAGGGUGUCACCCAUAUCCCUUCAACGUGACCAUCCGCAGUGACCGGCGAGGCACCUGUAAAGGCACCCAUCAGGUGUACGCUUGCGUGGGUUACUGCGAGUCCAGCGCCUUCCCAUCCAGAUACUCGGUCCUGGUGGCCUCCAACUUCACGCACAACAUCACCUCCGCAUCACGAUGCUGCACCAUCAGCAAGGACGCCAAGGUCAAAGUUCGUCUGGAUUGCCCUCGAGGUCGUCAUCACGACGAAAUAGAGAUCCUGACAGCGAAGGCGUGUCGCUGCGACAUGUGCCGCAAAUCCCGCUACUAACGUUUCGUGACAGAACGCCUCAAGGC